AUGAGGUUUGGAUUAAUUGACGAUACGACGGAUGACGAGGCUGAUAGCAUACCAACUAAUGCCAAAAGUCGGUCUUCUCCUACUAGUCCCUCUGGCUCUCCUUCAAAGUCACGUAUAAAAAGAGAUGACCGACUGUUCCUCAAAGCUGUAAAGGCGCAUGCUAUGCCAGAUCCACUUCAAGCAUUCGAGGCUGUAUUGUCUGAUCAAGCUUGGAGAGCCGUGGAGGCCAAAGCUUCUGUAACUUCUAACCACGUCAAUGGAAAUGCCUCGCAAGCCUCGGCACUAUCUAAAGAUGAUAUGGAAUUGACAAAGAAACUGGCUGAAAUGAGUCUUCAGAGUCAGCAAAGAGUCGCAGAUAGGCAAGCUCAGGCCCUCGCAAAAUCUAAGACACUUAAGGAUGGCGUGGAAAAAGUCAUUCGAAUGACGCAAGAUAUACUCGCAGCUCAAGAAUCAAAAAUACGUGAAGCUCAUGAACAGAAAGAAAAGGACAAACAAGCUAAAGCUAAUGCCUUAGUAGAGGAGGCUCGACGAGCACAAGCUGUUGAACAACAGGCAUUAGAACAGCAACAGGCUGCAGCCCUACAGGCUCAGCAGGUAGAGGCACAGAAGCAACAGCAGCUGGAAGCAGAACGACAAGCUAGGCAGCAGGCUCAACGGGCUCAGGCACAACAGCAAAACCAAGCUCCACAACCAUCUGCUGCUUCAACUGUUUCCAGGCCAUCAUCAGCUUCUGUAGGAGAUCGUAGCACUCCGUCUGCAAUCGCAGCAGCCCAGCCAUUCUUGGAACUUGUCACUAGAAUCAAAACGCAGGUCAAACCAGAACUCUUGUCAAACCUCCAAAACCGAAACACAUUCUUCCAACACAAAAUGAUGAUGGCUAGAAAGGUUACAGUUGUGAAGAAUUCGAAGGCCAAAGUGCUCGAAGUGGGAAGAGAAUUGUCAAGAGAAUUGGAUGUUGGCAAAUCUAGUUCAUCGCAAAUGUAUGAAGUGCUAAUGUACAAGUUGGCUAGAAAGAUCACGAGACAAGCCGAACUGGAAGUAGCUGAUAAUCCCGCUUUCUCCUUCCCAUUGGCGUUUGUUGCCAUCAUAGUAAUGGUAAAGCAUGAGCCAUUCAUACGAGUUUUACUGGGUCAUUUGAUGCGAAGAUGCCCAUAUGUCGUGCCUAGAUACGUUGAGAAGUUCAAGGGACAAUCAGAAGAAGAGUAUAGAAAAGAGGCUGGAUAUUUGAAAACUGAUGAGAAUGAAUAUGAAUCUGAAACGAAAUAUGUCCGUCGUAUGUGUGGUAUAAUCUAUCUAUACGCUGCCAUUGUUGCUACCCCUCAUCCGAAAAAUCCACAUCCCAUAUCUAAUGGAUGGACGUGGUUGGCUCGAAUGGUGAAUAUUAAACCUAGGGCUAUUACACCGCAUCUCCUUCACGCCUUUUUGAAAAUUGUUGGCAAUCGGCUCUUGCAAACAUAUGGGACUCAAGCCAUCAAGCUCGUCCAGCUUAUACGUGAUCAAGUAGUUCCUGCAGUACCAAAAGACUCACAGGAUGCUUUGGCUGCUUCGAAUCACUUGUUGGUCUUUUUCGAAAGAGUCGAACGUGAUGGAACGAUACCGGCACAUGAAGGAAGUGAAUGGGAGUUACCCCAAUAA